CAUGGCUGAGAGAAAAGUUCUAAAUAAAAACUAUCCUCCUGAGUUCGAUCCUUCGAAAUUGCCCAGAGUAAGAAGAGAGCGAAAUGCAGUCUUCGAAAUCCGUAUUAUGGCACCCUUUAAUAUGAGGUGUAAUAAUUGCGGAGAAUAUAUUUACAAGGGAAAGAAAUUCAAUUCCCGUAAAGAAGAUGUACCUAAUGAACGCUAUUUGGAUUUAUAUAUUUAUCGGUUUUACAUAAAAUGUCCAAGAUGUGUAUCGGAAAUUGCAUUUAAGACAGAUCCCGAAAAUGCUGAUUAUAAGUUGGAAGCAGGAGCCACUAGAAAUUUUGAAGCUCCUGAAACGGCUAAAAAGGAAGAUGAUGAUAGGAACGCAGUGCAAGUCGUUGAAAACAGGACAAAAACUUCCCAAAAGGAAAUAGAAGACUUAAACAUCCUACUUUCAAAUAUGGGAAAUGAGGAAUCCAAAAAGACAAAUCUGCUUAGGAAUGAAAAAAAUGCUUCUAACCUUAUGAAGGGAGAAGAUCUUAAAGUUCAAAAAACACACGAUCAAACCGACACUGAAGAAGAAGGAAGAUAG